AGGCUCCGUGUCGUCUCGUACUGCUAAGCAAACCCCUCUUCCCGUCUCUCCCCACCCGCCGCCGCCGCCGCCGCCGCCGCCGCCAUGGACGCCGGCGACCCCUCCACCUCGCUCGCCGUCACCGCGGCAGACGCGCCCCAGAGCAGCGCCAAGAAGAAGCCGGCCCCCAAGCGGUUCAUCCACACCCCGAUCCCGGCCUCCAUCCUCAACGACCCCACCCUCGCCGCCGCCGCCACCUCGCUCCUCCCGGCCGCCUACAACUUCGAGCUCCACAAGACGGCGCACCGCAUCCGCUCCUCGGGCGCGCGCCGCGCCGCGCUGCAGCUGCCCGAGGGCCUGCUCCUCUUCUCGCUGCCCCUCUCCCACCUCCUCGGCCCCUUCCUCGCCGAGGACCCCUCCAACGACGUCCUCAUCCUCGCCGACCCCACCUACGGCGCCUGCUGCCUCGGCGACCGCCCCGCCAAGGCCCUCGCCGCCGACCUCCUCGUCCACUACGGCCACUCCUGCCUCGUCCCCGUCACCUCCUCGCUCCUCCCCGUGCUCUACGUCUUCGUCGAGAUCCGCGUCGACGCGCUCCGCCUCGCCGUCGCCGUCCGGGGCGCCUUCCCGGACCCGGACGCCGCGCCCCGCCUCGCCCUCGCCGGCACCGUGCAGUUCAUCGCCGCCGUGCACGCCGCGCGCGAGAUGCUCACGCGGGACGGCUACCGCGACAUCGUCGUUCCGCAGGCCAAGCCGCUCUCCGCCGGCGAGAUCCUCGGGUGCACCGCGCCCACGCUGAAGAAGGCGGAGGGGGUGGGCGUGGUGGUGUUCGUCGCCGACGGCAGGUUCCACCUCGAGGCCUUCAUGAUUGCCAACCCUGCGGUGAAGGCGUACCGGUUCGAUCCCUUUCUUGGUGUGCUUGUGCUGGAGGAGUAUGACCAUGUUGGGAUGAAGCAGGCGAGGAAGGAGGCGGUGCUGGCGGCGAGGAAGGCCAAGAGCUGGGGGGUUGUGCUCGGCACGCUGGGACGGCAGGGGAGUUUAAAGGUCCUUGACCGGGUGGUGGAGCAUCUGGAGGAGAAAGGUUUGGACCACACGGUGGUGCUCAUGUCGGAGCUCUCCCCGACGAGGAUGGAGCUAUUCGGGGAUUCCGUGGAUGCAUGGGUGCAGAUUGCAUGUCCUCGGCUGUCGAUCGAUUGGGGGGAGGGGUUCAAGAGGCCGGUGCUGACAACAUUUGAGUUUGAUGUUGCACUGGGGUAUGUUCCUGGGUGGUGGGAGAAAGGGAGUAGGCAAAAUGGCGGCGGUGGAGGUGGCAGUGGGUGUUGUUCAGGUUCAGGAACUUGUGGAAAUGGUGAUUGUAGUAAUGGUGAUUGCGGUGGAGAUGAUUUUGGAGGGGAAUACCCGAUGGAUUACUAUUCACAGGACGGGGGUGAUUGGAAUGGCUGCUACAUGAAGAAGAAGCCCUCCACUGGCGAGAGAAAGCCACGAGUUCGAAUCGGCAGUAGUGUCCAAGUUGAGGACAAGCAAGCAAUGAAAUGAAACAUCGCUGAGGUCAUGGAAGCCGGCCGAGAUAUCAACAACCUUCAUGGCUCCAGAAUUUUUGACACCAGACCUCAAUCUUGGCAUCGUCAUUCUUCACGCAAUGCAACAAAAUACUCUGAGCUCAUUUAUCAUCAAACCAGCCAAUGUACGAUUUUGUUCGCCGCUGUGGUGCCGUAGCUGUAUACUGGGAUGUAAUGUAUAUUUAUUUUCCCUGCAUCAUACUGUAAACUUAUGUAUCGUUUACUGCCGAAUCUUUCCCCAAAUGCGAAGUCUGCUUUGGCUCAGAUUCUCAGACUAUUAAGUUUUGAUACUACAAAAUCUUUGCAUCAUCGUUCUUCACGCAAUGCGAUGAACUUGCCAGCGUCAGAAUACUAUAUGCUUCUUUUAUCAAACAAGCCAGUGUACGAUUUGUUCAUUGCUGGAUGUAUACUGGUUACUAAGAUGUACUACCGCUGUAAACUAAUACAAGAACACAGGUGUACUUUUGUGA